UGGAUCUGCGUGGAUGCGUGUGUGGUGUGAUGAGAGAAAGGUUCCCGGAUUUAGAUUUUCGCCAUCUUUACUCCAGUACAACCGGUGGGGUGGAAACGCCACUCAUCUAUCCGUUGAUUUUCCAAGAACCGUGGACAGAUUGACCUAGCUAACAGCCACCGUCGAGACGUAUCAUUUUUGUCUGUCCAAUUAGCUAAACUCAUUUAUUUACUCCUAACAAAAUGGGCGAUCGGGAGGAUUUAGUAUAUCAGGCAAAACUCGCCGAACAGGCUGAGAGAUAUGACGAAAUGGUGGAGUCCAUGAAGAAAGUGGCUGGCAUGGAUGUGGAAUUAACAGUCGAAGAGCGGAACUUACUAUCGGUGGCCUACAAAAAUGUGAUUGGGGCACGGAGAGCGUCGUGGAGGAUAAUCAGCAGUAUUGAACAGAGAGAGGAAAAUAAGGGCGGGGAAGACAAAUUGAAAAUGAUCCGGGAAUACAGGCAAACGGUUGAAAACGAGCUCAAGUCAAUCUGUAAUGACAUUCUGGAUGUACUGGACAAGCACCUAAUUCCUGCUGCCAACACAGGAGAAUCCAAGGUCUUCUACUAUAAAAUGAAAGGCGACUACCACAGGUAUCUGGCCGAGUUUGCCACCGGGAACGACAGGAAGGAGGCUGCCGAGAACAGUUUGGUCGCCUACAAAGCUGCUAGCGACAUCGCCAUGAUUGAACUGCCACCCACACACCCCAUUCGCCUAGGCCUUGCUCUUAACUUCUCAGUAUUUUAUUAUGAAAUCCUAAAUUCACCCGACCGCGCGUGUAGGUUGGCAAAGGCGGCCUUCGACGAUGCCAUUGCAGAGCUGGACACGCUGAGUGAAGAAAGCUACAAGGACUCCACACUUAUCAUGCAGUUGUUACGUGACAACCUGACACUAUGGACCUCUGACAUGCAGGGAGACGAGUCCUAAAGGAACACACUGCUGUUCAUUUCCCAUAAACUGUACUUUCAGGGGAAGAACAGAGCAAAGAGGCGCUGCAAGAUGUGGAGGACGAGCCCCAGUGAGACGUCACCGCCAACACAAGACCCUGCCUCCACCCCCUCCCCGUUCCCGCCCCUCAAACAAAAACAGUCAGAACCGGAGUCACCCAGCCCAUGCUACAGCGGUGUUCCUCUGCAGCUCUCUGACCUCCAGGGUCCUAGAGAUAAUCAGUUCCUUUUUCCCUUUUUAUUUUUAUUUUUUUACUAGCCCGUUUAAUUCAAUUGAAAUAUAAAUACCACUUGACAAUAAAUUCAGUUUUGGAAAGGCAAAGAUGGAGUCCCUGGAUUAAUUAAUUUCUCCUGGUACAAGCGGUUAAAAAAAACUUUGUUUUCCUCAUUGUAUUUUCUUUUUUCCUCAGUAUUUUUUUAUCAGUUGCUGGAUGUAUUUUGAGAUUUUUUUUUUUUUUUAUGUAAUUACAGAAAUUAACUUUUAUUACUGAUAUGUCUUUUAGUUGUGGGAGCUGUAAUAUUUCUGUGUUAGUGAAACAUCAGAUGCAAAUCAUUAAACCUUUUAAGGGCGAGACUAAACAAAGUGCUCUUUUGUUAAAUUCGUUUUUCAGAGGAGGUUGGCGAAAUUCUGGAUAUCCAUGUGGAGCAAAAUGCUUAACUUUUACACCGUAGUGAUUCUAUUGGAAUGUUUUGUAGUGUUUUGGAUUGUACUUUGUGCUGAAAUACUGUAUUGUGCACACGUGCUGAUUUCAGAUGGUGGCUGUUAGUGAUUUUAAGAAUCCACCGGACAACUGUCUCUUUUAGUGAAAGACCGGUCUAGAUUGGCUUCUGAUGGGGAAAAAAGAACAGCGCUCUAAGAUUUGAAGCCUGCAUGAGUCAACGGAUGUUUCCUUCUGCCUCUUUCCCCCACCUUUAUGUAGCUCUUAUUUUUUUUUCUUUCUGAUUUUUCUUUUUUGCUUUGUUGUGUGUAACUUAAAGCUAAUUUGUACUACUGGAUAUCUGACUGGAGCCACUGAGAAUCUGUAUUGUUCUCAUUGAAACACAGCAUGGAAUUAACAUUUAACAAUCUAAAUUAAACAUACCUAAAAGUC